CAUGCUGUGCCUUCGAUGUAGUUGAGUGCAUCUGUUCAAUAUAUAGCGCAUUAUAUUCAUAUAUUUAUUUGUUAAGUAGUGGGACAAAUAGAGUAUUGAUUGCAAAUGGCUUCACUCUCUGCCCUGGUGGGGUAUGGUGGGGGUGAGAGUGAUUCAGAUUCUGCAUCCACCCCCGUGUCACCACAGUCCACUGAAGGCGAUGUGGUGCUUGUGGGAGCCGAGGGAUCGAAAGAUACGCAGCAGUCGAACGAAGGCGAUGGUGUGCUUGUUGGAUCAAGUGCAAGCGCUGAAGGUAAAGAGAGAGAUCAGAAGGAUAUGGAUAGUACGGCGGGCGUAGAUGGGUCGCCAAACGGGGUGGACGCAAGCCUUAAGCGAAGUGCACUGGAUGACGAAGAGAACGCGGACUCUGAUGGAGACUACCCGUUCGCCUGUAAGAAAAUCAAACUGCCGCCGCCAGUGGUGGGUGAGGUGGACAUGGAACUCAACGAACGCAUCACCAAAUACAUCACACUCAGCAAAGACAAGGGCAGGAACUUCAACGCCCGCCUGCGUACUAACAAGAACUUCCAAAACCCACACAUCUGUGAAGUACUGGUGCAGCAAUUGGGACUGAAUGAGACCCAAAGCAUGUGUGCCAAGCAUAUCUUUGAUCCGGCAGAGUUUGAUGAUAAGGGCUGCUACUACCAAGAUUUGUGUACGUGACUGCAGCU